AUGUCGGGACACGCCACAGCCUUUUUAAACCAUUUACAGACGUCAUUAUUCUCCUCCAUCCAGUUCACGGUUUCUCUGUGUCCGUCCUGGGAGCCUCCUUCAGCCUCCUUCAGUCUCCUCCUGCCUCCUACAGCCUCCUCCAGCCUCCUUCAGCCUCCUCCUGCCUCCUCCAGCCUCCUUCAGCCUCCUCCUGCCUCCUCCAGCCUCCUUCAGCCUCCUUCAGUCUCCUCCUCCUCCUGCCUCCUCCUGCCUCCUCCAGCCUCCUCCUGCAUCUACAGCCUCCUCCAGCCUCCUUCAGCCUCCUCCUGCCUCUUUCAGCCUCUUCCAGCCUCCUCCUGCCUCCUUCAGCCUCCUCCAGACUCCUCCUGCCUCCUUCAGCCUCCUCCAGACUCCUCCAGACUCCUUCAGCCUCAUCUGGCCUCUGCAGCCUCCUUCAGCCUCCUCCUGCCUCCUCCUGCCUCCUCCAGCCUCCUUCAGCCUCCUUUAGCCUCCUCCAGCCUCCUCCUGCCUCCUUCAGCCUCCUCCAGACUCCUCCAGACUCCUUCAGCCUCCUCUGGCCUCUGCAGCCUCCUUCAGCCUCCUCCUGCCUCCUCCUGCCUCCUCCAGCCUCCUUCAGCCUCCUUUAGCCUCCUCCAGCCUCCUCCUGCCUCCUUCAGCCUCCUCCAGACUCCUCCAGACGCCUUCAGCCUCCUCUGGCCUCUGCAGCCUCCUUCAGCCUCCUCCUGCCUCCUCCUGCCUCCUCCAGCCUCCUUCAGCCUCCUCCAGCCUUCUCCAGCCUCCUUCAGCCUCCUUCAGCCUCCUCCCCUCCUACCUCCUCCUGCCUCCUCCAGCCUCCUCCAGCCUCCUCCAGCCUCCUCCAGCCUCCUUCAGCCUCUGCAGCCUUUGUGGCCUGGAUCAGAUUCCCACUGGUCCUGUCUCGCUCCAAGAACCUGCCUUUAG